AUGGGUCAUUCUCAUUUCCUUCUUCUUUUUACCUUGUCUUUUGUGUCUUUGAGGUUUUGUUUGUCUGUGGAUGACGUACUUUCAUUCUCUACCAACCUCAAAGACUCAGAGACGCUCGUCUCCAGCCCAAAUACUUUCAGGUUUGGAUUCUUCAGUCCUGUUAACUCCACGGGUCGCUACGCUGGAGUUUGGUUCAAUAACAUUCCUGUCCAGAAGCAGGCCGUGGUUUGGGUAGCUAACAAAGACAGCCCGAUCAACGACUCUUCCGGUGUGAUUCUUAUAUCCAAAGACGGGAAUCUCGUUGUCAUGGAUGGUCGUGGACAUGUUCACUGGUACACAAACCUCUCAAGAACACUAGGAUCUCCUAACACCACAUACGCAAAACUUCUCAGUACAGGGAACCUUGAAGUACUUCAAGGGGAUAAGAAACUGUGGGAGAGUUUCUCACAUCCUCAGAACGCAUUCUUGCCAACAAUGACAAUCUCCACCGACGCAACAACAGGGAAGAGACUCAUGCUUAGAUCAUGGAAAAGCCUCUCUGAUCCUUCACCAGGACGCUACUCAGCAGGUGUGAUUCCCUUACCAUUUCCAGAGCUUGCCUUAUGGAAAGACGGUCUUAUGUUAUGGCGUAGCGGCCCGUGGAAUGGUCAAAACUUUCUCGGAUUACCGGAAAGGGACUCACGUAUCAAUCUUUACGGGUUUCAACUUGCUAAUGACAACAGAGGAUCUGUCUCCAUGUUGUUUGGUUAUAACCAGUCAAUGUAUCAUUUCCUCUUGGACACCGAAGGGCACGCGAUGGAGAAGUACUGGAGCAAGGCUAACCAAGAGUGGAGUAUGGGGUUGAUGUUUCCGAUAAACUGUGAUAUCUAUGCUAAGUGUGGCCAGUUCACUAGUUGCAAAUCUGGUUUAGAUCCGCCUUGCAAGUGUAUUAAAGGGUUUGAGCCACGGAGUUUAGACGAGUGGAACAGAGGGAACUGGACUCAGGGAUGCGUAAGAAAGACGCUGUUGCAGUGCCAGAGAGGCAACAAUAGUGGAAGUAACGAGGGAGAUGGGUUUUUAGGAUUGAAGAAGAUGAAAGUUCCCAACAAUCCACAGAGGUCUGAAGUCAAUGAGCAGGACUGUCCUGGAAGCUGUCUGAGAAACUGUUCUUGUACUGCUUACUUUUAUGAUAAAGGAUUGGGAUGUCUUCUUUGGAGUGGAGAACUGAUCGAUAUGCAAGAGUUUUUGGGUUCUGGGGUUACUCUUCACGUCCGUGUAGCUGGUUCAGAGCUCGAAACCUCAAGCAAUCGAUCACUUGUGAUUCUAAUCACUAUGGUAGGAAGCACGUUUCUUGUCGCUGUAAUUGUUCUUUUAGUACUGAGGAAGGUAGCUAAACGUAGAGGUCAGAAGAAGAAUAGAAACGCGAGGUUACUGUUUGAGAGGAUGGAAGCUUUAAAUAGCAACGAGUCUGGAGCCAUCGCUGUGAAUCAAAACAAGCUUAAAGAGCUACCGUUGUUCGAGUAUCAAGUUUUAGCUGCAGCUACCGAAAAUUUCGCUGUCACAAACAAACUAGGGGAAGGAGGCUUUGGUUCCGUUUACAAGGUUUGCUUCAUUAACCCGGUGAAGCAAAGACUUCUUGACUGGAAGACUCGGUUUAACAUAAUAGAUGGGAUUUGCAGAGGUCUUAUGUACCUUCACAGAGAUUCAAGACUUAGGAUCAUACACAGAGAUUUAAAAGGCAGUAAUAUCUUGCUAGAUGAGAAUCUAAACCCGAAGAUAUCAGAUUUUGGGCUUGCUAGGAUCUUCCGGGGGGAUGAGGAUGAAGCUAGCACGCUAAGAGUGGUUGGAACAUAUGGUUAUAUGGCACCUGAGUAUGCAUUAGGAGGGCUAUUCUCAGAGAAAUCAGAUGUUUUCAGCUUAGGAGUCAUAAUCUUGGAGAUUGUGAGUGGAAGAAGAAACUCAAGCUUUAACAAUGAUGACCAGAAUCUGAAUCUCUCAGCUUAUGCAUGGAAACUAUGGAAUGAUGGCGAGGCCACCACUCUUGUGGAUCCUGUCAUCCUUGAAGAGUGUUUUGAAAACCAAAUACGAAGAUGUGUGCACAUCGGACUAUUGUGUGUACAAGAUCACGCUAAUGAUAGACCGAGUGUUUCAGCGGUAAUUUGGAUGCUAAGUACAGAGAACUCAAAUCUUCCUGAGCCAAAGCAGCCAGCGUUUAUAGCUAGAAGGGUCUCGCCAGACGCUGAAUCACCUUGGCAUAGUGACCAAAGAGCAUCCGUUAACGAUAUGAGCAUCACAGAAAUCACAGGACAAACAAACAUAAAAAUGAAGAUUGUCUUUGUCAUCUUCUUUUGCUCCCUGCUCCAAUCCUGUAUCUCCAAUGAUACAAUCAUGAGAAGACAGUCAUUGAAAGAUGGUGAAGUCAUACUCUCUGAAGGGGGGAGAUUCGCCUUUGGAUUCUUAAGCCUCCGGGGUUCGCAGCUCCGGUAUGUUGGAAUAUGGUAUGCUCAAAUCUCUGAGCAGACUGUUGUAUGGGUUGCAAACAGAGACCAUCCUAUUAAUGACACAUCCGGUGUGGUAAAGUUCAGCAGCAGAGGCAAUCUAUGUGUCUAUGCAUCAUCAGUUAAUGGAACAGAGCCUCUCUGGUCAACUAAUGUUUCCGAUAGUAUCUUGCAACCAACUUUAGUUGCAAGACUCUCUAAUAUAGGAAACCUUGUUCUACUUGAUUCACUCACAGGGAGAGGCUUUUGGGAGAGCUUUGAUCAUCCUACAGACACUUUUCUCCCCUUUAUGAGGUUAGGUUUCACUCGAAAAGACGGUUUAGAUCGGUUUCUGACAUCAUGGAGAUCUCCUAACGACCCUGGCUCCGGAAACCAUACAUUUCGCAUGGACCCUAGAGGGUUUCCACAGAUGAUUCUACACAAGGGUAUGAUCCAAUGGUGGCGUACCGGUUCAUGGACCGGGCUGAGAUGGAGCGGUAUGCCUGAAAUGAACAGAGGAUACAUUUUCAACAACUCGUUUGUGAAUAAUCAAGACGAGGUAUCAUUCACUUACGGUGUGACUGAUGCUUCAGUCAUAACGAGAAUGAAAGUGAACGAGAGAGGAACCUUACAACGGUUCACAUGGAUCGCUAGGGACAAGAGAUGGAACGAGUUCUGGUCUGUUCCUAAACAGGAAUGCGACUACUACGCACACUGUGGGGUUAACGGUUUCUGCGAUCCCACGAGCUCAGAGACGUUUGAGUGCACGUGCUUACCUGGUUUUGAGCCUAAGUAUUCUCGGCACUGGUUCUUGAGGGACUAUACUGGAGGUUGUUCAAGGAAAAACAGAACUUCAGUGUGCCGUGAGGAAGACGGGUUUGUGAAGUUAACGCACGCAAAGAUUCCUGACACUGCAAAUGCAAGUGUGGCUAUGAACGUAACGUUGAAGGAGUGUAAACAGAGGUGCUUAGGUAACUGCUCUUGUGUCGCUUACGCAAGCGCUUACCAUGAAGGUGUGGGAGGAGAAAAAGGGUGCUUGACAUGGCAUGGUGAUAUGUUGGAUACGAGGACAUAUUUGAAUUCUGGACAAGAUUUCUACAUACGUGUAGACAAGGAAGAGUUAGGUAACCAUUAUGUUUCCAUUACAACGAAGAGAAUGACACGAAACUACCUAUUUAAAACAUUCUCAACUGCAGAGUCAAACAUGCUUAGAAGAUCUUCAACAACCUUCUCCAUGGUAUCUUUUGAUUUUGAAGACUCAUUUAAAUUUGAAGAUGACAAGCCCGGAAACAGGGAGUUACCUCUCUUUGAUCUCAACACGAUCGCGGCAGCCACAGAUAACUUUUCUCCUCAUAACAAGCUUGGAGCUGGUGGUUUUGGACCUGUUUAUAAGGGCGUGUUACAAAACGGUAUGGAGAUAGCAGUAAAGAGGUUGUCGAAAAACUCAGGGCAAGGAAUGGAAGAGUUCAAGAACGAGGUCAAGUUGAUAUCAAAGCUGCAGCAUCGAAAUCUCGUGAGGAUCUUAGGAUGUUGCGUCGAGCUGGAAGAGAAGAUGUUGAUAUACGAGUACUUACCAAACAAGAGCCUAGACUAUUUCAUCUUCAAUGAAGAGCAGAGAGCGGCGUUGGAUUGGCCAAAACGGAAGGGAAUCAUCCGAGGUAUAGCUCGUGGAACAAUGUAUCUUCAUCAAGAUUCAAGACUGAGGAUAAUCCACAGAGACCUCAAGGCCAGCAAUAUACUUCUUGACAACGAACUGAUUCCUAAGAUUUCGGAUUUUGGCAUGGCUAGAAUCUUUGGAGGCAACCAAAUCGAAGGAUGCACAAAUCGGGUCGUUGGAACAAUUGGAUAUAUGUCACCUGAGUAUGCAAUGGAGGGUCACUUCUCUGUUAAAUCCGACGUCUACAGCUUUGGAGUAUUGAUGUUAGAGAUCAUAAGUGGAAAGAAAAACAGUGCUUUCCACGAGGAAUCAUCAAACCUUGUAGGACACAUUUGGGACCUAUGGGAAAAAGGUGAAGCAAAAGACAUCAUAGACAACUUAAUGGACCAAGAGAGUUAUGAUGAGGGCGAGGUGGUGAAGUGCAUACACAUUGGGUUGCUUUGUGUGCAAGAAAACGCUUCGGACAGAGUAGAGAUGUCCUCUCUUCUCAUCAUGUUGGGUCAAAACGCUAGUGAUCUUCCAAAUCCGAAGCUUCCUGCGUUUACUGCAGUGAGAAGGAGAGGCCGAGAGAAUGUUGCUUUGCUCAUUGCAGAACCUGGUACUUCUGUUAAUGACAUCACCUUCACUGAUGUUCAAGGUCGUUAAGAACCUUACUAUAGUACUAAUUGCAAACUAAAACAUAAUUACAUUAAUUAAGAUGUCUGGAAAAGUUUGCAUAAGUAAAGAUGUAUUGGCUUCUCUUUGUGGUAUUGUUUUU